UUUCCUCCUUGAGCCGGAAAAUGAGGCAAUAUCCCAGCUGGCUGUUUUUCGCGAACUUUGGGAGGGGACGGUUCUCCUCUUGAUUUCGCUUCUGGCUCGCUUUUAAACGCAGCCCCCCCCCUCCCCGCUGCUGCCGCCGCCCUCUUCGUCCCCUCCUCUCCAUUUGGGUUUCCGAUUCAGGCUGGGAUCUUGACCAGCCUGCGGAGAGGCCUGGGUUUGCACUCCGGGGAGGCUCCACUUGGGGGUGGGUGGGGAGGGGAAUGAUGUCCCAUGAUACGGGCGAGAGGCCCCCCAACCCUGAGCCGCCCCCCGCCACGGUCUACGUCCUCGUGGAGGACCCGCGCUCGACUGACGCCCUGCAGCUGCUCAGCCUCAACUCUGUGCUCCCAGAGUCUGGGAUCGUGGCCGACAUUGAUCUGGAGAACAUCCUCUCACUGAGCAGUGACAGCUUCUACGAACUGAAGAGUCAGCCCAUUGGUGUCAGCCCUCCGAGUGGUCCAGCCCAAGGUCCCAUCAUGUCGUCCCGGGUGCUCCUUCGGCAGCAGCUGAUGCGGGCACAGACCCAGGAACAGGAGCGCCGGGAGCAGCAGCAGGCGGCUCAGUUCCCGGCUACACCUCCUGCACCUUCCACUCCUGCCAUUUCUAUGAGCCCGCUAGCUCGCCCCGCACCGGCCCAAGUCCCUGUGGAAGUACUGAAGUAUUAUGUGCAGCUUCCCGUCUCUGGAAACCUCUUGGAUGUGUACAGCAACCAAGGUCUAAUGGAGCCGGCUGUCACAGUCAGCAACUCCUGCCCAGCUGAUCUACCCAACAUCAAGAGGGAGAUGUCAGAAAACGAAGCGAAAGCAUUUCUGAAGGAAAGGCAGAAGAAAGACAACCAUAAUCUGAUUGAGCGACGGCGACGAUUCAAUAUCAAUGACCGAAUCAAAGAAUUGGGAACCCUCAUCCCAAAGUCAAAUGACCCAGAGAUGCGUUGGAAUAAAGGAACCAUCCUGAAAGCGUCGGUGGAUUAUAUCCGAAAGCUGCAGAAAGAGCAGCAACGAUCAAAGGAGAUGGAGCUCCGACAGCGCAAGUUGGAGCAAGCUAACCGCAGCCUGCAGCUGCGAGUGCAGGAGCUGGAACUCCAGGUCCAGAUGCACGGGUUGCCUUUGACUUCGACGCAGGGACUGCUGGCGCAGCCUUUGGGAGGAGACCCAGCUCCCACGUUUGCAGAGUCCCUCGAUUUGCCCUUCUCCGCCGAAGAACUGGGGCUGGGCCUUGCCCUGGGAUCGGAUGGGGGCGCCUUGCAGGACGUGCUCAUGGAUGAUGGGACUGCUCUAUCCCCACUCGGCGCCUCUGACCCACUGCUCUCCUCUGUCUCCCCCGGUGCCUCCAAGGGCAGCAGCCGCCGCUCCAGUUUCAGCAUGGAAGAUGAUUCGUGAUGGUAGCACUUGGACUUUGGCGAGUGGGAAAGGAGGAGCUGGAUGAGGCCCCACCCCUUGCCCUACCCCUGCUCAGACUUCUAUUAUUCUGAUCAACUUUGGAGACCCCUCCCCUCUGCUGUUAUAGGCCAGGUUCCUUUCUGAAAUCCCGCCCCUUCCCCUGACAUUCCGUAUUUCAAAGUGUUUAACUUCUGUCCCUUCAAAGAGAAAGGGUGGGCACGUUCAUCAUGGAUAUGAUUUCCUUCUGUGGAAAAGUGGGUGUGAACAGCUAAAAACACCAGAUUUCACCAGAAGCAGCAGAGAUUGACUGUGUCCUGUCGAGGGGUGGGACCAUAACCUUCGAACCUCUACUCAAGAUUCAGAAAUGCUAGGAAUAGUGGAUCUGUGCGUUUCCCUAACCCUGCCCUGUUUAUAAAUGUCACUUGUAGGGCAUUUCUUUAACACUGUGUGAGGAGUGUAUCGAUGCCUACCUGGGUUUGUUCACUCCCCUCUUUAUAUACCUUUGCACCUUCACUGUGGGAAAUCGAGGUGGGAGGGAAGCAGGAAAACUGACUCCCUUUCAAGACGUUUGCAUAGCGUAGCACCUCUUCCUCCUCCUUCCUUGCUUUUUUUAAUGAGCUUUAUUUUAUAUAGAUAUGGAACAUUUUUUAAUUUGUAAAUCUCACCCUUUUACCAUUCUUGUAUUAGGUUGGAGGACUGAAGGUUUCUCUAAACUGCCAAAAAUUGGGUGAAACCAUUCUAUUUUUAUUUCAUUGGCUUGGCUCUCUCUGUUUUAAUUCAGUCCUGGCUGAAGGAAAACCCAGGCAUUGUCCCCCAUGAUUUCUUUGUGGAUAAAGGAGGAGGGGAAAGAAAAAGAGAGAAAUAAUACUCUUGCACUUCCUUGUGUGAUCAUUUAAGUCUUAAGAGUAACAAUUUAAUUGUCACCUCCCCUGUUUUUAUUUCAAUAUAUACAUAUAUAAAUAAAUAUAUAUAAAUGGAAGUAUAAUAAAUUUUAAAGGAAUAUUUGGAUACCAAAUGGACUUUAAGAGAAACAGAGAGCAAAUAGGACUGCUAUUCUUUAUUGAAUCCAUUAUGCUAGUUUAUGAAAAUAAUGGAAGCGGGCUUCUGUAAAACCUCUUCUUUCAUGGGUGUUAGAUGAUGAGUGGUUGUAAUUGCUGAACAGACAAUCAUUUUGGCUCCAGGGUAGGCCUCUCACCUCUGUGUGAAUGCUGUCAAAGGUGCUCAUCUGAAGAAUUUGUUUCAAACGAUUUGAAAAGACGAAUAUUUUAGAAUGCCAGUAUUACUGGGUGUUGAUGCACAAUAUCCACAGUGAUACUGGAUGUCUAGAUUGGGAAGAAUGGAACGCGAGGGUUUGGCCUUUCAUGAACCGUGGCUCCUAUGCCCUAGAAGAGGAGUGGUUUCCAGCCUUAGUUAACCCCAGCGUUCUUGGACUGUAACUCCCAGAAACUUAGGGCAGCACAGCUGGUGGUGAAGGCUUCUGGGAGUAGCAGUCCAAGGACACCUGGAUUACCCAAGGUGGGGAACCACUGCUGUAGUAGAGGAUUGGGAUUAGAGGUGUACUAAUGCACCUGAAAGCAUGAUGCAAGUUUGUGGCUGGAGAGGGGAAAAGCAGCCUAUAGAUCUGGGCAGCUUGUGUGAGGAGUUCCUCUUGAUCAGCAAAUGAAAAGGUGGGAGUUAGCUGUUCACUGGAAGUAUGAACUGCUGGAAAGCUCAGUGGUUUAGCUCUCUGGCCGUGAGUUCAAUUCCCCGCUGUCCCUCCUUGACGGGCUGGACUCACUCAAUGAUCCAUAGGGCUCCUUCCAGCUCUGCAAUUCUAAGAUUAUUAGAUGACUCUUUAGUGAUGUUUCAGCCCAUCUUGCUGGCAAGCAGAAAGAGAACAGAGGGAAAGCAAAUGGGAAGAAUAAAGUUACCACAGCAUUUUCAGACCUGGAAGGAAAAGAGCCAAGCUCACAAGAGUGUGAUGUUCAGGGGAUGAAAGAGGAGCAUUACAGACUGAGGGAAGGGGCUGUUUUUUUUUUCCUUUCUUCCUGUGGUGGCUUCUCUAACCCCAAUGACCCAGUUGUCACU